CGAAAAGUUCGAGAAAGCGAAUUUACGACUGUUGUGCGCUCGCUUGGUGAUGUGUGGGUCACGUGUUGACUUGGCUGGGUGGUCCGUGCAGUUUCGACCAAUUAGCGGGGGUUGCCGGUGCAUGAAGCCACGAUGGGGCAGAAAAGUUUAAAUGUGGCUCACCGCCUACCAUGGAGGGGUACCUUGACUGCGACAUCAGGGCCUCCGUUUACUUUUCGAGGGAAGCAUACUCGGAAUCUAUCUGUUUUUAGUCCGCGUCUCAGUCUGUCUUCAAGUCAUUGGGUUGGCUUUUAAUACUAUCUAAAUUUUCCAUUUAUUGUUCCUCUAGAACCCGCAAUGUCUGCACUUCAGGCUAUCAAGUACACGCGGGGCAAGUUGGAGGUGCUCGACCAGCUGAGAUUGCCACAUGAGUCUGUCUAUGAUGACGUCUCAACAUGUGAACAGGCUUUCGAUUGUAUCAAGUCCAUGCGUGUUAGAGGUGCACCGGCAAUUGCAAUUGUAGCCGCUCUUGCAUUGGCAGUUGAGUUGGCGAACGCCGACCUCAAUCAAUCUUCCGUCGAUGGGCAGUUGAAAUAUGUUCACGACAAGCUGGACUACCUUAUGGGGAGUAGGCCAACUGCUGUUGACCUCUCAAACGCCAUCAGGCUCCUGAAGAUGACGGUCAACGCAGCGGCAAUUGCGGAAGCAGAUCGCACUUCGAACAGGACUGCACAGCCAGAUGCUGCCGUGAUCAGGGAAGCAUACAUCAAAGCCGCGGAGAAGAUUCUCGAGGAUGACCUUCAAACAAACCUGGCUAUCGGCAGGUAUGGUGCCGAGUAUCUCAGACGCCAGCAACUCCCCGUCCUAUCGCCCGAAAACGACGCCGACGACCUCCGCUACUUCACUACCAGCCCCCCCGGAACCCAAGGAGCUCCCGACCGUACCUACAGAAAGCUCAGCGUCCUAACCCACUGCAACACCGGCUCACUCGCCACCUCCGGCCACGGCACAGCCCUCGGUAUAAUCCGCAGCCUCCACAAGAUGAACUACCUCGACCACGCCUACUGCACCGAAACCCGGCCCUACAACCAAGGCGCGCGCCUCACGGCCUUUGAGCUCGUCUACGAGAAGAUUCCCUCCACCCUCAUCACCGACUCCAUGGCCGGCGCCCUCUUCGCGCGCCUCAAGACCGAGAAGAACAUCUCCGCCGUCAUCGUAGGCGCCGACCGCGUCGCCCGCAACGGCGACACCGCUAACAAGAUCGGCACCUACUCCCUCGCCGUCCUCGCCAAGUUUCACGGCAUAAAAUUCAUCGUCGCAGCUCCCACAACCAGCAUCGAUCUCGAGACCGUCACGGGAUCCGAUAUCGUCAUCGAGAAUCGCCCGCAGAAGGAACUCACCCAGAUCAGCGGUGCGGUGGUCGAUAAGGAGGGGAAUGUCGAUGUUAGUGAUACGCGCCGCGUCGCUGUCGCGCAUCAGGGGAUUGAUGUGUGGAAUCCGUCGUUUGAUGUCACGCCCCAUGCGUUGAUUGAUGCGAUUAUCACCGAGAAGGGGGAGGUGGUCAGGUCGGCGAAUGGGACGUUUAGCUUUCAGCAUAUUAUGCCGGCGAGGUGGAAGCAGCAGGUUGAGAAGACGGAGUCGGUUGAGGUGGCGGCGUUGUCGGGCAAGGCGUCGGUGGCGGAUUCGGAGGAGGGGACGCAGUUUAAGCUGGAGCUUGUUUGAGGGUGGUGUGGUGGCUGUAGAAGGAGGUGGGAUCAACUAUGUGGUGUUUUGGGGUUGGGGCGGGGAGUCAGGACUUCAACAUUCAUGACUGAUGAGGUAGAAUCAGGGGUUAAAUGGCGAAUAGCGUAUUAUGCUUUAGGUGGUAGACAGAUAGACUACUUAAUUUCAGGAUCUUCCUUGUGCGAGGUUAUAAAUAAAAAUAUUUAUUGAUUAA